AUGUCUCCUGUGACAACUGAGUUGUGGGGGCGUACUGUCCAUUAUGUGUCUGAUGCGCAUACAAACCAUAUCUUAUCAAGAAGCAAUGGCUACGAGGGGCACCAUCACAAGCCCCCUGCCUCUGUCCGUGCCCUACUACAGGAUAUUUCAGGUUUACCACGGUACAGCAACUACCUCUUUUUAGAGGGGGCCGAUUCUACUGCCACGCAUGGGAAGGUCUCUAGCCUAACACGGCUCUAUGUCCCUAUUAUCAAUCGCCCCUACUCCGUCGUGGGACCGACCAAUGUUGCUACUGAUCGGCUGGGAAUAACUGACGCAUCGUUCUUUAACGAGACUAUCAGGGUCUCGAAUUCGUUUGGGCCACGGGCUCGGGGCUGGAAGUGCGCCAGCAGCCCCACCAGCGAUGUUGCUAUUUGCAUAUGUCCUGCGCUCACAUUCCGAAGAUAUCUAAAGCAGAAGGGUAGAGAUACAAAGUCUUUGCUUGAUUAUUUAAAGGCUACCAGCUCUGACUCCCUUCUCUGCUUUAAUACAACAACAAUGGAACUGACACACUCUCUCCCACUAGCGAGCAUAAAUAAUAUUGGGCCGUGUAGUGAUAUCUCUCCCAUUCCCUUUGAGAUUGCUGCUACGUAUCUAUAUUCAUUCAUGGACCUGGCGCCUGCCUCUGCAUCAAAUAAGAGUGCCGGGACCUUCCCGCCAGGGACAUAUGCAGCUUUGCUGACUUGCUGCGACAGCAGAAUCUAUCUUGUUAUUGUUGCAAACUAUAAGCUCAAGUAUAUUCAGCUAUUUACUGUCCUUCAGCCAGUCCCCAACCUUUUUGCGUCGUCCAUAACAGCUCUGUCUGUGCAGCUAUUGUCAGCAAGUAACUCAAACUCUGAGGUCCCGCGCCUUUUACUUCUCGCCAGCGGACCACUUGCUUUGGCAACCCCGCAGCCAGCGAUUGUGGGUCUACUUAGCGGUGUAAAGGCCAACACGCGGCCUCCACCUGUUGUAUGUGCAUAUACUGUGCACUUUGCAAUAGAUGCUAGCUCACUGCCUCACGUUACCACAAGUGUCUCAUUGGUAGCAUCUUCGUUUAUGGAUCUCCUUAGCGUGGCCAUACAAAAAGGAAAGGGAUCUUUAGCGCAGAUCCCUACACCGCUGCGAGUAGUGAAAAACGGCAAGGGGCCAGAAAUCAUUCUGGCUGGGCAAUACAGGUUGUUCCUCAAGCCUCUUUACUUGAGACGGAAUGGGCCGAAAACAACCCAAGUGGCCCGAGAAAUUGCCGAGAGUGCUGUUGCAGAUGUCUCUGGGAUUUCUGUCGCGGCCUCUAUAGAUGCCAAGUCUAUAACAGGGUCUGUGACAAGUAACUUGGUUCCGUAUCGCGCUGAAAUGGUGCGCGCCUUUGGACGCAAUCUCUGGUACUUCCGCCGUUCCUUCGAGGACGCAUCGUCCUGUGCUAAGAGAUCCUUGUUACCUGAUCCUCGCACCUUAACUGUGUCGGCGCGGUUUCUACUUAUAGAUUGGCUGCUACUGAUUGUCUAUAUUAUUGGAUUGCUUGCAUACGGUUUUUAUGGGAUUCUGAUCAAGGUACUUGCACGAACCGAGAAGCUUACUAUUAAAGUCAACAGGCGCGAAACACGAGGGUCAUAUGCUGUUCCUGUUUGUGUUCAUCCAUUGCUCUUUAAUAGGCCUGGUGGGGCCUACCAUUGCCUCAUCUUUCUAUCAGAUGAGUCGGUUAUAGGAGCCAAAACGGUCACUUUUCUCCUUGAUCACUGUCAUAACAGCGCUCCAGACACUGGGGUCAAGCUUCUACAACUUUACUUGCUCGAUAGAUCGACCCUCCAGUUGCCUAAGAACACUCACAUUACAAGUUUAAGCACCAGACCAAUUUUGCUUCACAAUGAUUUCAAGACUACCAUUUGUUCGGAAAAGCCACCAGAGUAUGUCUGCCCCCAAUUACUCUACAUAAAACAGGAUCAACCAGGGGAUCAAUCUGCGAAGAACCGGCUCCUAUCCGAGAUGCCAGAGGAGCUUUCAUCUGCAAUCAAAUGUGCAAGCAGCCACCUCUGCGAAAGCAUUGGAAACUUCGAUUAUCGAAAGACACACACCCUUCUGGACCAGGCUACAGAGCAAUUGGCUGUCAAAGCGUCGUCCUCUUACUUAUACUGUUCGUCUGUGCAACGCUCUUCUUUGAACAGGACAUCAUCAAGUGUGCGAUCUUUGCAUAGUACCACCGUGGACUCUACAUUUGGGGCACUUGAUGCUUCCACAGGAACUACUCCAUUACUCUACUUGUGUAUGUUUUCCUACUCGUCAAAUGUCUUCCAGUUGAACAUUUAUACAGUUGAUAACGGUAUUUCGUGUUGUUAUAGCCUGCCUAUUUCUUUAGAAGCCAUCGAAAGCAGCCUGAAGAAUCUUGAUGCCCUGCCCUCGUUCGCUGACACCGCCGAUUAUUCUGAGCUUUGCCAGGCCGGGCACCUUAUGGAAAUGGCCAGUCAAACAAUCUCAUUGAGUAGCAAAGAGGUGUCCACCUCUGUCGUUGCCUUCCAUGACUCGUGCGCAGACGAUACGGGAGAUUCUGAUGUUGACCAGACACCGGGAAAGAAGCUUGAGGCAGUUGUUUUAAACCGAAGCGAAACCUGUCGCUUGAGUCGAGCAUCGCGCAUCCGCAGAUCACAGAUGAUCGAGCGGCCUCUCGUGAUUUGCGCCGGCACUUGUUCACGCCAAACUCGGGAAGACACAGUACGUGGUAUCGGCUCUUAUUUGAUUGACUAUUGUGACUUAGCUGACGGUCCUUCAAAGACUGCUGUUUCUGAGUGUCAAAGUCCGGGAAAUGCAGCGGCUCAUAGCCCGUGGCGACAGCCCCAGUCGGAUUCAUAUAGAGUGCUUCACUUACCAACGGUCAGGGAUGACGCAGCUUUAUCCUUUUCGUUCACUGGUUCGGUUGCCAAGACGAAGUCGGUUCUUCUUCCGCACAACCCUGGCUUGUGCGGGUGCACCACGAUUGAGGUUCUCUUCAACACAAAACAGAGCAGUCGCAUUGCAGAACUGGUGUCACUAGCGCUAGCAGAGCGUACUGUAUUUAAAUACAGGUCAGGGACCGCCUAUCCCCAAGCAGAGAUGUUUUCUUUCAAGUCCGGAUCUUCUAACGAUGCAAAAGCUCCGGGAGCGAACGUCAAGCAGGCCAUCGAUCUUAUGAAUAGAUAUAUUAGAAAUGGAAAGCUCCUAGUGCAGCCGCACGGUGACACGUUGAGCACGUCAGCUAGUCAACGCACUCUACCCAAGCUCGAUGCCCCUGGUAGUGAGCUUGCCCUUUUGUCCAUGCUUCAUACUGUGGCUACCAAGGACACUUCGGACUUUUAUCAAGACUUUGCGACAGACUCUUCCAGUGUGAUAAAUUGCUAUGCAUUGGAGGUGAUGAUCACAUGGUUUGCAAAGGGUCCCGUUGUUGCAUUUAGUAUUCUGCAGAAGACAAGCAUACUUGAUCUUGUGGCCAACUACCAUCAGGUUCUUGCUCUCCUUUACUGCAUUGUUAGGCGAACGUGUAGGUUCAUAUGUGAUACAUUUGUACUAAGCUAUAGACGAACUGUUGCUCUCCACCGCUUUCUAUCCUUGGUUGAGUUGAUGAGUGUCCAGGUGGGCCUCACCAGGCUGCUAGAAGCAUGCUAUAAGAGGUCUGUUCUAUCCAUUUUAGAGACGAUUUCCCUGUCGGCUGUUUUUAAUGAUGAGUUCCUCUAUGAAGUAGAAGGGCUGGUAAAGUCUCAGAAUACCUUUGCACACUACUAUGAUCCUCAUCAUGUGUCAGAUAGGACUCCAUUUUUUGUAAGCUAUAACUCCUUGCUACGCUAUGUCCGUGACUUCACUGGGAAGGAUUAUUCUUUUCCAGAUAGCUACGAAGAGCCAAGCUUGCGGAAGGGAAGUCCAGAGUACAUCCGGCAUAUUAACGCGACCUCACUUUUUGUUGCAACAGGUCUUCUGUCGGACAUUGUUGGACACGACACGCCCUGUCUUCCGGGAUUUCUGAUUUUCUACCUACAUCUGUACCUUUGUCCUCAGCAGUAUGACGACGCAAGUGAUGUUAAUUUCGCUAUUCAUCAGCGCCUUAAGAGCAAAGCAACACUCUCUGCUACCGAAGUAGCUAAAAUUGCCACCAAUGCCGCCAUAUAUAGGGCUCUUUCGCAGUUCAUUAACAUGCUCAUUACUUCUAAGGAUAUAUUUAUCAGUUUUGAUAGUUUCCCAGAUCAUCUUGUCUCGCCAAGUACCAGUGAUGUGAUUCUUCUUUUGAAGCUGUGGCCUCUUUCACGUUACAUGGGUUAUCAGACAAACAGCAGCUCCAGUUUGAUGCGCCAUCUCUUAACUCUCAACACUGCAACAUCUAUCUUACAAAAUGCCAAGGACCUAAGCGAGUUCAAAUCGAAGCAGUCCUCUCCUGAUAUUGACGAGCAACAUACUAGGCUACAGAAAGCAUUUGAAGACAGUGUGGCCCAUGCAUCUUCAUUUGUUUGCCGUGAGCUCGCAGACUCAUUGAUAUGUGCUGCAUUUAGCAGCCCUACGUACACGGCCCUCCUUCGGGAAUUGAGUAGCAAGAUUGAGACUCAGGCGGGAGCUGCCGAUCACGCAGUGCCUUUGCGCCCGUCUAUAGAUGCUGUGGAUUGUUGGGUUGAUGAGGAUGGUGACCGGGAUGGUGACCAGGUGGGUUGUCGUCAGACAUAUGCGCAAGCGGUGAAGCUUUCCUGCAAAUCUGACGAGAUCAUACUUGCAAGUCCUACACUGUCGGCGUUCCUCGAUAGAGAAACUGUUCACUUGGGCAGUGAUAGUGCAACAUUACAAAAGGCUCUCAUAGAGCAGCUAGAGUACUCCGGUCGUUAUAUUGGGUUCUUCACUUCUUUAUACUACUUUAUAGGGUAUAGCUUCCGAUUCGAUGACUUUCUAUCUACCGACCAGUCCCUUUCAUUUGUGUCCACGCCUGUACUAGGGCGAUGCACACCGGUUACCACUCUCCUGAAGACGACUGUCCUUGAGGAGGACGCUCACAGUCAGAUAACAAAUGCAAUCCAGCUUUCUACUGUUAUUGUGAAGUGUCUCAUCCCCCGGAUCAAGCGUGCCAUCCAUGAAGCAAGCGAAUACACCCGCGCAUAUAUUAGUGAUCUGAUUGACAUUCGCACAAAGGAUGGUUAUGUUGAGGGGAUAUCUAUUCUUAUGCGCACAGUUCUCAACAUUACCGAAUUGCCUUUGAACGAUGUUAGUAAUAAAGACAUGUUGAAAAUAGCGCACGUCGACGCCAGCUUUAGGAUGUAUGAACUCUUCAAGCAAGCUCUUGAAGAUUCUAUUGUCGCGAAGCCUUUACUGGAGAGUCUUCGGGAGGAGCUCAAGCAAAAAGACAUGCUGGUCGUCCUUACCACUCCAGCACUUUUUGCAUGGAAAGAUUUCUGUUCUCUCUCCUCCUCAGCCUCUAUUUUUACUGUCCUUGCGUGCUUCAGUCUUUCUGACUCACUCCUCCCUACAACGAAGUCCGUAGUCUGGCUGGGUCAUUAUUACACCUCUGCCUUCGUCACUUCUCUUCUUUCGUCCAUGCAACCUAAUGGUGGAAAUGCUUCCAUAGACCUCGCUGAGCUUCUCCAGGGUCCUCUUCCAAACGCCUACUUGAUUGGAGACGAGAUUUCUGGAGCCAUUGAUGCUAUUCUUUUGUCGUGUAUCAACUCACAAGUAACUGAUGAUAUCUUUCAAAAUACCGUUCUAGUUACAAUUCUUCACGGAGUCCUUCAGACGCCAUAUGCAAUGCAAGCGAUAAUUGCUCAGUAUCAGUAUAUCAAGCUGAUGAUCAACACAGAACAUCCAUCGAAGUCUUUACUGAACAAGCUGCUUGCCUUGCUUGUCGGUCACACAGAGAGAUAUCUUUUUACUAGCUUCGAAAAUAACCCGCCAGCACUUCCGCCGUUCUACCCGCUUUAUACGCACUGCGGUCUCGAGUCUCAUUUUUCCUAUGAUUCCUUUAAGCCCCUUGUAGCACUUCUGUACAUGAUUGCGUUGUCAGAAGAGAAUGUUGCAAGGCUUACUCACGCUGAACAAAAGGACCUCUACAGCUGCCUCAUCGACUGCAUCCUUACUCCUAGUGUGCGGAGGUCGUCCACAAUGACAGAGAGAAUAGAAUCAAUUGCCUCUCUUCACAGUAUGGCUACAUCUGGGAUAGUACUUUCUCCUAUGUCACACCUCAAGCUUCGCGUAAUCCAAUCUACUGAGAAAUAUACAGAUGUUUAUAGGAAGAUGUGCUCCAGCUUUAUCUUUAACAACUCAAGCGCGGGCGUCUCUUCGGAGCUUGAGGAAAAGAUACGGAGCUUGCUGGCGCUAACUGAGAGUGGCGAGCUGUUUGACGGUGUGGAUGGACCCGGUAUCUUGAUAGAACACGCGCUACGCUCCAGGGCCAAGGAAGUCCUCAGUAUUCUUGGAAUAAAGUUCGACAUGUUUUCGCUAAUACUGGAAUCGCUAUGUUACCACCUACAGGAGACAUACAAUAAAGAGUUUGGCCCAUAUGUUGCUGGUGACGACAGAGAGGACCUCCGUGCCGGAGCAGCCAGGCUGACCAACGCAGAGUCCUACAAGCUUAUCAGCGACGUUGCCACAUUCUCGUACGAGCUUUUAGACAGUAUUUCUCUCGAGGGUUCUACCCAUGCCAGUGCACUUCUUAGAAAGUACGCUGCAUCGUCAGCAUUCAAGGGUCUUGCAGCGCAGACUUUGUUCUUCGUUGAUGCAGAUAUACUGCAUACCAAGGUGCCUCUUCUGCUGACUAGCAUUAAAGGGGUAUCGAGUAGCUUUGACAGCUUGAAUUCUGAUUUGAGCCCCGAAGCCACCAAGGAUUUAGCAACAGCCCUGCUGGGCGGUGAUGUUAUUGGUAGAAACAUUGUGUCUGACUGGAUUGACGUUUAUCACAUGAGCUUCAACUACUACUGGAGGCACCGGAACAACGCCUUGGCCUUAACCGGAAACGCAUACUACCCGUCCUGCGUUUCCCGCAUUCUUGCCUCUUCUGUCUGUCUUCUUUCAACAAAGACGUCUUCAAGCACAGAGCAGAGCUCUUCAUUUGAUUAUGACUCGUUCUUACUGUACCUAUUAUUAACCACGGCGUUCUUUUAUGUUUCUGUGCCUGCGUCUUUAAACGCAGUGCAAUCUGAUGUAGCCUUUCCAAAGAAUUCUGGGAUAUAUGAGCAGCUUCUUUACUAUUCAUCUACAACCCCGCUUCCAUUCGUAUGCAAUGAACCACAGACCGAGGGCACAACUCUUACCAAUGUGGCUCGUAAUAUCAUAAGCAAAGGGAGUCAAUCCAGCAGCCUGUACAGCUCCAUCCGUGAUUUGCGUGCAUCCAGGCGACACGAUCUCUAUUCACACAGGAAUAGAUUUGUAGCGAACAUGAUUAAAGAGAAUAGUCCCAACAAGAGCGAUGUUGCUUCUGCCUGCACACUGUCAACUCUCAUGACUUGCUGCUAUGUCUCGUUAUUUUUGGAGUAUGUUCAUAGGAAGCAAUCUACAGACGGCGGCUCACUUCCUACUCCAGGAGAUAGCAUAUAUAGAGGCCUUGUAUCGUUGGUCAGCACAGCUCCUAUUUCUAACAUUUGUGACCCCAAGGCCCCGCUUCACUACAUGGGCAUUCCCAUUUUUCUUCUAGCGCAACUAAAGCUUCCAUUCGUUGAUAACUUUAUGAUCAGACUCACGAGAGAAUCAUGGGCUUCUGAGCCGAUUGCCGCCUUCUUAUAUCUAUCUCUCUCAAACUCAGAACGGCUGGUCACAGGCCUCUUUUUGUCAAACUCUAUUUCCUAUACACAAGAUUUGCCCGGAAUGACGUUACUAUCGUUUGCAGUUAGGCUCCUUGGCCUCGAGGUAGCCAGAGCGGACAUUUUCCGCCAGCCCAUGACCACUGAUGCCGUCGGACGCCUACUUGUCAAUGCAUACGCGAGUCAGCAGUCAUCCAAGCGAGAGGUGACCAGUCUUCUAUCUCUCAGGGAUCUCAGCGAUGACAGCCAAACAGAAUACUUUCAUGGGAUGCCCUACCAUCUUUUCCUUCUACCGGCACAGGUUUCUUGGACUGAGGUUACAAAAGCGAUUAAACAUGCUAUAGCUGCAUCUACUUCUAUCUUUCCAGACAGCUAUUCAAGUGAUCGUUUAUAUUGCCAGACAAUUAAUAGGCUUUCAUCUUAUGCUGGUAAUACUUCAUGUUUACUUCCGAAGGCUCUUAGCGAACUUGCAGAUCUAGCUAGCGAUCCCUGCUGGCAAGACCAACACGCGCAGCCCACGAUUCUCUCGCUUCUGCGGGACAUUCUUUCUGCUCUGCUCUCUAUCUGCCACGGUCUUCUAACUCCAGGUAUUUUUUAUACAACCGUUGCCGUGAUUCUUCAUGCAUUUGGCGAUGGACCUUCGUCGGUGGCGGGGGUGUCUGACCUCCUCAAGAACUUGAGAGCUUUUUCAACCGAUUAUCUAUUUCUCAACUACAUUCUCCGUAAGUACUGCAGCCAGUCUGGUGAGAGUCUUGAGAUCCUUCUAUCCCUUCUGUCUGCAUUUCUUUCUGCUCUUUCAUUUUCAGAAGAUACUCGGGCAGCGCACCGCCUUGCGGACGCCUUUGCUUCUAACAUUGUGCACGGAGAUCCUGCAGACCAUGUAUAUGCGCAGAAGAUAUACUCAUUGUAUGUCCUGUUUGCCCCACCUGACAAACAGUGCAAGACUGAGUUUUUGCUAGAGGCGCUGAGGAGGCUUCCUGCGUGCAGAAAGUCAUGGUUUAUACCCUGGUUUACGAACAAGGCAAUUGUUCCGGCGCUAGACUUGCCUCAUGAACAGGUCCGCGAAGUUGUCCGACUGGCUUACACACGUAACAUUCUCUCUGAUAGUGACCCUAGUACAUCAAGCAAUUUGCUGGAGUUUCUGGACUUAAGCUCUACCGUGGACAUAUCGCGCAUUGUUACUAAUAUGUUGACAGAGUCAUCUAUCGUCGUCAAAGCAACUAGUGUGCUCUCUGCAGUACAGAACUUUGUCACAGUUAGCAAAACGUCUGGAGCAGAGAGUCUUUCCGCUAUAUCGCAAGCCUACUCUAAUAUUCUCCGAGGAAUCUCAUGGCAGGUAGCUUCUCUAGAGGAUGUUGUUACUCUUUCGAAUGUUUUGCAAAAUCUGAUGGAUCUCCUCCUUGACAUUGUGCCCGAUAUGGCGAGGGCUUAUAUCAGCGCUGUGCUGGCGGGUGAUUCCACUUUGUUUAUUGCCGCGUUUCCAGUCGCACACAAUCUUGCACCUAUGCCAGUCCCCUUAUCUGCUAGGAGGAGUAUCUGGAACGAUAUCGAAACCAGGAGCCCAACACUCGCUCCUGGUCCUGGUGUCUCCAACUCAAAUGCACAGUCCAAUGGAUGGGUCGUGGAAAGUGACUCCGAUUCUGCUGAUAACACACGUGCAGCGGACACUCAAAACUUGCAGCCACCACGAGCCCCGACAACAGGACAACCAUCCCAGCCCCAUCCAAAGACAGGCUGGGACUGUAAUACCGAUACCACCGAUUAUAGUGCAGAUCCAGAUAUCGCUGAGAACUGCUGGGCUGCCGACCUGACUGACACAGAUUAUGAGGCGUGGUCCUCUAACGACGAUGUCCCGGAGUCAAAAGAAGUCACUGAUCCACUCAGCGCCAGGGCACUUUAUAACGUCUCACAGCAGGGCGCUCCUUCACUUGGCGGUUCCUCUUGCAGACAGGCAUAUAUACCAAUAGACGCCAUUGAAAGGUGUGCAGCAAUGCUCAGGCAGGCUAUUCGGCUGCGAAAGACAGCAAAUCAUUAUGUACCUUUGACAAAGAAUUAUUCUCUGCACUUAUUCAAGGGACUCUUCACUUCCUUGGAUGGCGGGAUCCCGCCUACUGCACGCUUCGCUCUUCUGAACCUAGACCAUGAGAGUGCCAUCAUGGUAGUGAAGGAUUUCAUUAUAAAUGCAUUCGCAGGAGAAGAGGCGAGCCUAACAGUUCCACAUCUUGUAAGCCAAGAGGCUAGAGCAUUGAUCUCUUCCCAGACUCGAUGCGACCAGCACAUACUGAGCUCUGUUGGAGUGUUUGCUGUGCUCAACACCUCCUUGAUAUUUCAGCACCUUUCAGAGUUCAUUCUAUCAUCCUAUGUCUUUUGCCAUGGACUGCCUUCAGACCUGCCAAUAUUUCGUGAAGAUACUAUUGAGUUUUUAAGAUGGGUGUCUGCUAAUGCAUUAGAAAUGGGCCUUGAUGAGACUUGUGCCAUCACCUACUAUACAGUCACUAUCAUCGACAAAGAACCUGAUCUGGCCCUCCCCUUAGCACACCUUUUUCUUCGUUAUCUUAAGGUAUAUUGCUCUGAAGAAGAAAAGCAUACACUAGUUUCAGAAGCAGUGACGAAGCUGUCCUUGAAAGACUCUGCACUAGUUUCCUCGUGGUUAACAGUGUCUGCUUUGUGUCUUUCCUCCGCCCUUUCUAGAACCGAUUCCUCAAAUAUUGCCAAACUGGCUGUGAUUCAGAAUCUAGUCUCUGGGGCAGCGGACAUCAGUUCCGAGCAUCGAUUGGAAGAGGAGGCUACGCUUCAACUUCUCUCCAAGCUUCAGCGAAUCCUUGCACAGCUUUCGCGUGAGUUUACCUUAAGCACGUUGGACCGUCUUGCAAACAUCACGGCGCAUCUUACCAACCUGUCUGAGGACUAUCUGAGUAGCAACCGUGAGGCAAUACUUUUAUACAUCAAGGUGCGCUAUACGAGCGAUGCAACUAUUCUAAAACACAAGCUCUUAGCACCAACCUACGAGAUUGGCUCUGUCCCCAUCUCGAAUGUGGAUAUCACUUCUUGCUCUCCACCUUCAUGCGACACUUCCUCCAGUGAUGACUAUCUCCAGCGCUCUCUUGUCACAAUCUCGACUAUGUUCCCACUCUCUCCUUCUGUAACCUCGCAGUCUCAGGAUCCCCUUCUUGAGUUUUCAUUACGAAUGAUUGCCUUAGAGUUAGUACGCUCCUCGGUACAGCUUCCUCUGGCUCACUACCUUCUUUUCUGGGAGGCUGCAGAGGCUCUACUAUCAAAGCAGUGUAGCUCUUCGUCUUUCAAGAAGCUGCUUCCAAAACUGGAAGAGGACUCUAGCAAUAGAGACAAGUUUUUACUUUUCUACACUGCGUUCUACACCACAACUCUUUCCGACAUAAAUGAAUAUAGAGACCAGGUGCAGGACAGGCUUGAGCGUCUUUUGCAGCUCACGGCAAUACUCUCCAAGCCAAUGCUUAAUCUCAAGACCCUGUGUGUCUCACUUGAGCCCAACCAAUAUCUAGAAAGCCCAGUGUCCCUGCCAAUGGUAUCCUUAUUGGGAAUAGGCGCCCGUGGAAGCGCCCUCCUCCAGAAGAUGCAGGGGACUGAGUUUGCAGAUACCAUAAAGACACUAAUGGCGAUUAAAGAGGAUGUUUACAAGCUAAAUCUGUACAAGCCAAGUGCACAGCUUGCUGGGGCUUUUCCUCCAGAGCUGGAUGGAAUAUGCACAGGGCUUCUCGGGGUUUAUGUUGGAAUCUCUGACAAUGACGUAGAGGCUAGAUUGGCAGAGAAGCUCGGCUUAAGCCUUACCAGCGACUUUCGGCCAUUAGCCAUUCUACGAAAUAUAGCAUCAAAAGUUAUUUAA